AUGGCCGACACACUUCGACCUUACCAAGCGCGAUGUCCGCCCCUUCGGCAGGCCCGAGGGACGGUGCUUAAUACUAUAAUGGAGGAGGAUACUCGCGAAUCACAGUUUGCCGAGAAGAGGAUCAACACGCCAACACAACAGAAGCCGUUGACUAGCCCAAAGUUGACAUUGAAGACCAGCGGGUUAUCAGUACCGACUCACGCACAGUUGGCCCGCCUGAUGUCGCCUCUUUCAGCGGCAACUGUUUCGUCAUGUUGCUCAGAUGUGGAAUGGCAGCAACAGAUGAAAGGAUUUGACGACCUGUAUGAUGCGACAGACGAGGAAGAUAUGGAUGACGACAGCUCGACGGAAAUCAGUUUAUCGUGUUUUUCACAGCCAACACGGCCAUCGAGUUUGGUGACACCGGUCACAAGGGAUUCCUAUACCUCGACUGGAAGUCGCAGACGCUCUCUUACUCUCCAGAUCCCUCCAUCCAGUGUCUGGCCCUCUAUUACUGGGGGUCACAAGAGCUCGCCGAUCCCUCCGACGCCUCCACCCAAGAUUCCUGUCUCUCCCGCUGCACUCUCAAUGCUUACUCGAUCUGUGCCUGCAUCCUACGCGCCGCCUUCACUGGAUGGAAGUAUUUCGUCGGACCAGGAAUCCAACCUCAGUGCUCUCGCUACUCCUGAUACACACUCUCUGCCCGACUGGGAUGCUAUGGAUAUUCACGUCCGGCCUGAUGUAGAGGGAAGCGAGGAUGAGCUAGAAAACGAUAACGUUGAUCUCCAGGCCGUUCCAAUUACGAUCGAGACCCCGGAAGAUGUUGACUGGCGCAACGUAUUGGGAAGUUUUCCACAAAUCCCCACUGCUCUUCAGAAUUACGACGAGGCAUCCCGGGAACCCACUCCUUCGGAUCAGGGUGUCUUUCUUCCAGAUGGUGCUCUAGCGAUGCUCCACCACAUUCAGCUUGAUGGUGUACCAGAGGCUUGGUCAGAAUCUUCCGAGAGCAACGACGAGAUGUGGCAGCUGCAGGCACCCCCAAGCCGCCCUCGCAGUGCCGAUGGCGCCACACCAGCGUCUGCUAUGUCUAGCUACAGCUUCAGUGAGCUAAGCAUUCCUUCCCCUGGUGGGUUCUUUGCUUCGCUCGCUCCGCGUGCACGACACACCUGGUCUAUGGCGCCUUCUAACCUCCCCCGUCGUCGGCCGUUGCCGAGGCGCCCAGAGGAGGAUGACCCCGUAACUGCAGUCCGGGAUGAAGAAGGACCCCCAACAGCCGUCCGACUUCCAUGUGAUACCCCCACGCAGCCUGCCACUCGUCAAGAUAGCCCAAUGAGUGUGACUUUCGAAGCAGUCCAGGAGAUCCCCCGUUCUGGGGGCGUUCCUGAGUACGACGAGUCCUAUGAUCAAGAGCUGCAGGAUCGCGCUGCAGAUAGCCUUGACCGAACCAGCGUCUGGCUCACUGCUCAGGCUACCUAUAUGGCUGCUUUAAGUGAAACCAACCCUGUUAAUGAGACGGACACUGAGACUUCCACCGAUGUGAAAGAGGAGCAACUUCCUGAGGUGCAGGACACCCCCGCCAAGAAAGCAGUUCGGUUUGUCGAAGGCACCCCGGCACCUAUGAGCCCUUUACCUCCCCUGCCCUCCACAAGUGCAGGCAAAGAUUCAAUUUACUGGCGUGGGUUCCAGUCAAUCAUCGACCGAGCCGAAAAGCCCGAUGGCUUUCUCCACAGGAGCAUGCGUUACGAUGCUGUUCAAUCAUUCCGUCUCGGGCUGGUCGACAAUCACAUCAACUGCCUGACAGGAAAGUACGAGCUCGUUCGCCCUGAGCGGCCUGCCUACCGGGGACCGUUCUCAAAAGCACCGCGCAACUCGACCAUUGCUUCCGUUCUGGCCGAGAAAGCUCAAUUCUCCAAGGUCGAGAAGGAGCAACUCGUCCUUGCCCAGAUUUGCGAGCCCAUGUGGGCAAUGGAUUCACUCCGCGCUCUCAACGGUGGCAAGCUACUAACCAGCCCCGCCGAGAAACGCAUCGCACGGACAAACAAGAUGGCCAAGACCCAGGAUGGACCCAAGCGCUCCAUUCGCAUUCUUGACCUCGGAGGACAUUCAUCAUGCGAAUGGGCAUGGCAUGUCGCCCAGGAGUAUCCGAACGUCAAGGUUUACUCUGUCAACAACAAGACCCAGAUCGUCAACAGUGGCAUCAAGGGCCCAUCAAACCACCGCGUGAUCUCUGUCGCCGACUUAUGGGAACUCCCAUUCGGUGCCAAUAAAUUCGACGUCAUAACCACGCGCUCCCUGCACUCCCUUCUCAAGGUCGACCGUCCAGCCGGCUUUGAUCGCAAUGAAUAUGACCUUGUCCUGAAGGAAUGUCUCCGCUGUCUAAAGCCAGGUGGUUUCUUUGAGUUCAUGCUCCUUGACGCCGAGAUUUCUCGUGCAGGGAGUCAAUCGACUACCUCAUCGGUUGAGUUCGCGUCAAAGUUGCGCUCACAUGCCUACGACCCCGCGGCCUCAAAGACAUUCCUUAGCCGUCUCCGCAACAAUGGCUUCGUAGGAAUCAAGCGCGCUUGGAUGUUCUUGCCAAUGGGCAUGGAACCCGCCGAGCCCCAGCCGCCUCGGGAGACACCAGCCCCUCGCGUCCCAAGCCAGAUUGAAGAGUACGAGGUUGUGCAAGGUCCCAUUGGGAGCACGGGCGAUGUUGCCAGCAUCACAGGAUUACUUGGUGGAUGGAUGUGGGAGCAGUGGCUUGUUAAAUUGCGGAUGGAGAUGGGUCAGGAGCGGGGCCAGUUGCUUGAGGGAGUGGGUGCGAUCUUUGAUGAGGGAAGGAAGAACGGUGCGGGUUGGACAUGUUUGUCUGGUUGGGCCAUGAAGCCGAAGCAUAUGAGAGAAGUAGCUACCUGGAUUUGA